AUGGUUUUCCAAACGUUGGGACAAGAAGAAACCGUCAUUCGAGUGUCGUUCCCGGGGAGAUCAUAUGUAGACCAUAUCAUCCUGCCACCUGGGUCUCCUCCAUACAAUUAUACCUUACCGGCGUCUCUGAUAAGUCAGGAGGCAGAAGCGGGAAUUAUCAAUUCGACGGUCUUUGUAACAUCAGAUCAAGACGUAGCAAUUGUUUCAUAUAACCUCGCAUUCAAAACAUCGGACACAUUUUCCCUGAUACCCGCGGAGUUCCUUGGUAAGGAAUACUUUAUCACCCUGAUAUCUGGUUUGUUUAAUGACACUAUAAUGAUAUCUGCUUUCAACAAGACAGUGAUGGUUGAAAUCUUUAUAACUUCGUCCAUUCAGCUCCAGAACGAUACCUAUAACGAUGGCGACACCCUGAGACUAGUUCUUCUACCUUUUGAUUCUUUCCAAUUGAUCUCAAAAUCUACAAACAUAACAGGAUCUCGGAUCACCGCAAACUCUUCGAUUGCAGUAACAGUGGGUACCGAAUGUGCUAAUGUGCCUGAAGACAUCAAGUUCUGUGACCAUCUUGCUGAACAGUUAGCUCCAGUGAAAGCAUGGGGAAUCCUCCAUGUGUUGAGCCCGUUCCCAAGACGACUUUCCGGCUACGUAUUUCAGAUAGUAGCAAGUCGGAAUGGUACAACGGCGAUGUACAAUAACAAUACUGUGACUAUGAACAUGGGUGAUUAUAUCACAGUUGAUAACCCUUCUCAAAACAUGACUUUCGUGCAUGCAGACAAACCCAUCUCAGUAAUGCAGUAUAGCAAAGGGAGGAGUUUAGACAAUAAUUCCUACAGUGAUCCGUCAAUGAUUCGAGUUAACCCUAUCAACCAGUAUGUCACAAGAACAACGAUUCCAGUCUUCGAGUUCAACAAGACGUCAUCAAAUGAUACCACAUAUAUUGGAAUGACUGCAGAGUGCAAGCAAUUCAUGGGAAUUUCAAUUUACCAAAACGAUCAACUUCUAUCGGUACCGUGGGAUGAGGAAUACUCUCUACAAAUACUGGAUGGGAUCGAAAUGUGCUCAAAAUGGAUGGUUGCUACCCACGGAAGAUAUUCAGUAGAGGGCGACGGGCAGGGAACCUACCCAGGGUUUCAUGCUGUGGUGUACGGUACGUCCUUUGGCAGAACGUACUUGUACCGGGCUGGCUCAAGUGACAAAGACUUGACUACAUCGCAAGAGACCCCCGCCAAUUGA